AUGUCGGGUUCACGACAGCAGCCGGGACUGGCUUGCGAAGAAUGUCGUAAGAAGAAACUUCGAUGCGACAGGCAACGGCCUCAAUGUGACCAAUGCGAGGAAUCAGGUACAGUCUGUAUCGUCAAUCAGGCCCGUUCACCACGAGGGCCGAAGAAAGGCCACCUCAAGGCUCUGCGUAAUCGCAUUGCUACCCUCGAAAGUAUCAUAAACUGUGGUCAAGCCAAUGCUCGUCCCAAAGAUGGCUUUAAUGAACAAUAUCACGCCAAUAAUACGAUACAGAUGCUCAGUCCACCGCAAGAGUAUACCCCCAAUGCGGCAAGCCCAGAAUGUCAUCCCUUCUCGUACACCGUUGAGUCAUCAUCACUAUCCACACCAAUCACCCCUAUGAGUUCACCUGCCCAUGCGGGGUUUGAUAUGGUUGAGGCAGACCUUAAUCAACUAUACUUCGACAGAGUACACCCUGUGGUACCGAUGCUCCACCAAGGCCGCUAUUUCACCUGGUCACAACGACCCGACAAACCAAGCUCACACACCUGUCUUCAACUCACAAUGUGGCUACUUGCAGCAGCCUCAUCCGCCCAUCUACAGCACAUGCGGGAAUCACUGUACACGCGUGCACGACACGCCAUCGAAGCUCUCGACCACGAGAUUAGCCCCGACAGCGCGGCUUGUCUACAGACAGCCCAGGCAUGGAUCCUCUUAACCCACUACGAGUACCGCUAUAUGAACUAUCGCCGCGCAUGGCUCACAGCAGGACGUGCGUUUCGCAUAAUCCAACUUGCAAAACUGCACGAGAUCGACCGACAAAACCUUGGCGUGAACAUGGCACACACAGAAGCAUGGACCGAGGCUGAGGAAAAGCGUCGGACAUACUGGUUGGCAUACUGUCUCGACCGUCUUCUCAAUAUCUCUGACGAGUGGCCUCUUAGUCUACACGACGAAGCACUGUAUAUCUAUCUCCCUGUCUCCGAGUCAGACUUUCAACACGGCAGGCCAGUCGUUAUGAACUCUUUAUAUCACGAGAUGGAAUCUUCCGGAGAGAAGAUGUUGCCCCCUCUCGCUGAAACAGUCGUCUUAAUCACGCUUUGCUGGCAUAGCGUUGCUAUCCAGCGAGUCGCACACAGCGGCAAUAUAUCACCGGAUCAGUCUACAGAUACAUGGACACGCCAUCGCUGGCUAUACCAAUUAGUACAAAAGCGGCUGAUGCUCAUUUCGCUACCGUCAUCUGCACCGGAGCUCCACGACCCCCUGCGGCUGUUCACUAACAUGCUUGCGAACGCGGCUGUGAUAUGGUUCUACAAUAUCAUGGAGGCCCUCCAGAUCGAUAUAGACGAUGAUACGUUCCUAGUGCCGCUGUACUCUGCAUACGAGAUUGUAGGGUUGGCGAAGCCAUUGACACGAUCUGGCUUCUUCAAAGCACAUCCUUUCUCGCCCAUGCUGCUAUAUCUCUCUGCAAACUUCAUCAAGGCACAUGCCGACCAACUGAGCUGCGUCUCGGUAUCGGAGGAUACCCAGCUGAAGCUCGGGGAGCUGAAGAAGGCUCUGCGGAUUUUGCAAGGGGGGAAUAACCUAGCGAUGGGCUACUUAGAUCUACUUGAGUCCGAUUUAUAUGACAAGUUCUGCAGUGUGUCGCCUGUUCGAGGUUUUGCUUUUCCCGUUACUGGGCAGACGCAGCCGCCUUUCUUUAUGGAUAUUAUGGAUUCCUUUUAA